AUGGCUGCCUCGUCUGACACUUUGAUGCUGGUUGAAAAUUAUACGUGGAUUUUUACAUGGCUUAACAGAACUAUCAUGACUGCUAGGCAUAGCUCAUGCCUAACCAAAUCAUACCAAAAAAAAAAAAUCAUUCAAAAUGGCAGAAACAAAACAACAACAAGAACCUCAAAUUCCUUAAACCCCACAAACUCUGUUUUUUCUAAUUGUCCUGCUUUAUAUGCAUCUGUGUUAUUAGGUUUAGGUUUUGGUGUUCUAUCAAUGGUUGCAGCUUUAGCUGUUGCAGUACCAGCUACUUUCGUGACUUGGAUUACUAUUUUGGUUUUGUUAACAUUUGCUGGUAAAAAUAGAAGGGAUUUGGUGUUGGAAGGAAAGAAAUUGACAGGUGAUAUUAUUGGAUUUGUGGUUAAGGUUUUGAUUAAAGAAUGGAAUGUUGUUGCUGCUCUUUGUGCUGUUCUUGGUUAUUUUGCUCUUCUUGUUAGAAGGAAUAAACAACAAGAAGAUGUUGAUUAUUGAUUGAAUUAUUAGAAAUCUGAAUUUUGGGAAAUUAGAAAAUUGUAAUUUUAUUUUGUUGAAAUCAUCCCAGGCAGUAUAAUAACCCAACCCGACCCGGAUUCAUCUUUUGCACAGUUGGGUCCGUAUAUUUUUGGCUAAAAAAAUAAAUCCAGAUCGGGUUGGGUUAUUAUAGUGGAUAAAUAAUAAUUUGAGGGGAAAAUAAUUUUGAAGGCCUGGGAUGGUGGCA